GGGACAUCACAAGAAGUGCAGGGAAGGAAUUGCGGCAGGUUACGUGAAACUAGCGGGUAAAUGGCGCCAUUUAGAUGAAGAGCCUGUGUGUAAAUUAUUUUCCGGGGAGGGGAAAGUUAUUGAGGCAUCUCAUCAUGCCAAAAUGUGUUGUGCAUAGUUGUGUUUUCCGGUGGAAGAAGGGUCAACGUUCUGUAAAUCUUCAUUGUUUUCCAAAAGAACCUGAAAGAAUCAAGCUUUGGCUGCAACAGACUGGACAAUAUGAGGGUAACAUUGACAAAAUGGUUGAAAGAGUAUAUCAAGGAAAAGUAAAUGACACAUUUAGAAUGUGUUCAUUACAUUUCGCAAAUGACAGUUACUACUACGAUGGUGAUCGGAAACUUUUAAGGAAGGAUGCUGUUCCUACUAUUUUUGCUACGAAUAUGCCAUCUACAGUAUCAGCAAAAUCAAGCUCUUCAUGUGAUCAACACUCCUAUGCUGCCCCACCUGCUGAUAGCAAGAAAACAUCCAGCUCUGGUACAGUAUGCACACGUUGGAUUCCAUUUCCAGUUCUUUCUAAUGCAUCCUCAGACACCACCAUCCAACAAAUGACUUUAGUUCCUGUGGUUACUCAGCGUGCCUUUCCUCAAGCAUGCAGAACUAGUGAACAGUCUGAUUCAAACAGCUCAUCACUAACUGUUCAACCAUCUGCAACCACUACACGUGAAGACACGAAAAAAACGUCCUCUUCUGUUCUUUCAAAUUCCAACUUGCCUUUGAAUACCCAGCUCAGGCCAGAAGCUACAUGCACAAGCACUAACACUCUGUCUUCCACCACAACUGCUUGUCCAGUAAUAUCCUUAUCUUCAACAUCAACUGGAAAAAAUUGUGCAUCGAGGACUGAGUCUUCCAACAAAACUCAGACGGCUCCACCGAUCAGUAUUCCUUUGUCUGUUGUUAGUGCAACACAGCCGUGCUCCAUGACAGUUCUUCCAGUUUCUGGAACAGUGUCCUCUGUGACACAGAAGCCACCAACAACAUCUGGUUUGCUACAAAAACCACCCUCUCUAUCUGUUGUCCACAUUCCACUUAAAACAUCUUCACAAUCUGUAAUUCCUGGUUGUCAGCCACCAUCAAAGAAAAGAAAGCUGGAGGAAAAUAUUGUUUUCUUGGAGCACAGUGCUGCGUCCUCUUCUGUGCCAAGUGUAUUACCUAGCCAUUGUAUGAGCCAAACCUCUAAUACAGGUAAUCUUUAUUUUAUAUCAAGCAGCACAUCAGCGGUUCAGCCAUCUUAUCAGAUUCAGAAACCUUUAAUGGUUGACAAAGGUGUCAACACGGAUUACUUCAUAAAUAAAAAAAGAUACUGCAUUGCCACUGACCCAGUGCAUAGAAAAAGUGUACACACACAAACUAAAAUAUGUAAAAAACAUAGUAAAAUUAUGUGCACAUUAAUACCUCCAAGAGAGCAAAUUGAUGACAGUGGUUCAGACUCGACCAUAUCUCUUGCCAACCCAGAAUACAUGGGAGUUAGUGACUGCAGUCCUUCCAGGUCAAGUGACUGUGGCGAUGAUAUAUCUGAAGUUUUCAAAACUGUUGAUUUAGAUGUUGUUAAAGUGGAAAUCUCUUCAGAUUGUGAAAUGGAUGUACAUAAACGUCCUACUUCAGAAGUCCAUAUCAAAGAAGAAAAUGAAUUAUCUGCAGGGCAAGCAGUUCUAUCGUCAGGAGCUUUUAACAGUACAUGUAUAUUACCAGAUUUUGACACCCAUACUAUUAAAAUAGAACCCAAUAUAAAAACAGAAUUCCCAAUUUCUAGUUCUCCACAAAAUAUCACAAAUUUCAUAUCAAAAAGUCCCAAAAUUGAAAGGUUUUCACCCAUUCCAACUUCAUGGGAAACAUCUGCCAUACAGACUGAUUUACUAGAAGACCUAAAUGACUCCUCGUUCUAUAUCAAUGAAAUGAGUGAGGAUGAAGAUGAAUCAUUCUUACUUCCAAGUGAUGCAGAAGAUGAAGACGACAUAAAACCUGUGUUCCAGGACUUGGAUUCACCAGUGGAGAAUCCUGUUGAAGAAGAAAAGUAUAUUGUUUUUGAAUCCUGUCUGAAAAAGCUGAUAAUGAUGAUCCCGUGUAGGUCAGAAACAAAGUGUAUGUCACCACUUACACAAUACAGAAAAGAAGCCAUUGGAUCUUAUUUGUCUAUACAAGUUCGUUGCAGAUCUGGUCAUACAAGUUUACUAUGGGAGAGCCAGCCAAGACAUGGAUAUCAACCAAUGGGAAAUGUUCUGUUAUCUGCCGCAGUGCUAUUUAGCGGUUCAAGUUUUCUAAAAUCCCAACAUAUGUUUAAAUUGCUAAAUUUGAAAUCAAUAGACAAAAGUACCUAUUAUAAAACUCAGUCUAUGUACCUGUUUCCUACCAUUAAUCAUCACUGGAAGGAGGAACAAAAAGCAGUCAUACAAAGAGUCCAGGAAAGACCACUUUGCUUGGCAGGAGAUCAACAAUUGGACAAUCCUGGAUUUUCUGCCAAGUACUCUAUAUACUCCAUGAUGGAUGUGGCCAGCAAGAAAAUUUGUUCAUUUUCAGUACAGCCGGUUACUUCACAAGUGACAUUGGAGGGGCUUGAAAAAAUAGGAUUUCAGAAGUCUAUGGGUGAGCUCCAAACUAUGAAUGCUGAAGUGGAAAUGAUUGUUACUGACAGAAGUGUUGCUAUUCAGGAACUUCUGAAGAACAAUUAUCCUGGUAUCAUUCAUCAGUUAGAUCUAUGGCAUCUAUCCAAAUCAGUUGGCAAUGAAGUUUUAAUCACAGCCAAACAUAAAGACUGUGAAAUCUUAUAUGAAUGGGUGGAGGCAAUCAGGAACCAUAUUUGGUGGAGUUCUUGCACUUGUUGUAAAAACCAUGAUUUGUUAAUUGAAAAAUGGAAAUCGGUUCUUCAGCAUGUCACCAAUGUUCAUGAGUGGGGUGGUGAUAGUGACUGUAAAGCGUGUCAUCAUCCACCUCUCCCAGAAGAAGUGGUGAACAGUGCAAACUGGUUGAAGAAAGACUCAACCGCCCAUGAACAACUCAAAAAAAUGGUAGAAAAUACCAGUCUAUUAAAGGACUUAAAACGUCUCUCCUUCCUCUGUCACACUGGAGAGUUAGAGAUCUACCAUACCACUUGCCUUAAAUAUCGUCCAAAGACGUUACAUUUCUUCCUGGACUCUAUGGUAGCACGGACACAACUCGCAGCCCUUGACCACAACAGAAAUGUCUGUAGAGUUAAAGAACUGGUGAAAAAUGCUUCAAGUGGAAAUGCAUUAAACGCUAUGACACAGGGAUUAGAAGUCUCCAAAGGUCAAAAGUCAUGGAUUAUCAAGGCUCUGUAUAAACAAACCUGCCAACAUUUUCUUUUUGAUAUCAUGAAUGAUGUCAUAGCUCUUGUCAGAGAGAAGACAUUUCAAUAACCCUCCAUUAAAGGGUUAUUCCCAUCACAGACAAUGGGGGCAUAUCGCUAGGAUAUGCCCCCAAUGUCUGAUAGGUGCGGGUCCCACCUCUGGGACCUGCACCUACAACGAGAACAGA